UAAUUGUGGUUUUUUAAUGAGAGGCUUAAUAACUGCUAGCUUGAACGGUCUUGGGACGUGACCUAGAGAUAAAGACGAGUUGAUAAUAUUGAGAAGAGGCUCUUCUGCUACAGGUAACAAUUCUUUCAGGAGUUUAGUUGGUAUUGGAUCCAGGGGCGUAGUUUGCGGGGGGAUGGGGGGGAGGUAACCCCCCCAAUAUUCAAAUCCAUCAGUUACAACCCCCCCAAUAUUUCAACAUGAAAAUCACAGUAGAUCUAUACUAACAUAUGUAUAAUUCAUUUAUUUUGUAACAAUAAUUUUGUAAUCAUAAUAAAUUAGUCAAAAAAGUACCCCCUUCCAUUGAACAGAUUGGUAACGCCCAACCAAUGAGCGUCGCACUUUCACCAAAACAACGUGAGUGGAGAUCUAAUGUUUGAAUGGAGAGCACAGGUAGCACCAAAAAAUGAAGAGAACCGUUGCCCAGCCUACUAUAUUAAACUUCUGUUCAAAGACGGAUGUUAAAAAGAAUAAAGCAUGUACUGAGAAGGAGGUAUGAAAACAUUGUAAUAGGUACACUCCACAUAUAUUUUAGCUAGCUGAUCCAUUGCAAUUUAGCCAUAACUAUCAGUGUAACUGUAACCAGUUACCAAAACAGCCGUCUGUUUUGUUACUUCAUUUUUCAAUAGUGUCUUAUCAAUGACAAAAGUAUUCACAUCGGUUUGUUUUCUUCCAAAACUUAAUCUUAAUCUGACUUUUGAACGGAUUGGCUUGAAUGAACGAUUUAAGUAGCUCACUCAUUAAAACGUCGAAUCGCUGCCACCUACUGGCGGUUUCAAUAUUUAACAUAAUUUCUUUCUUUUUAGAAUCACUCCGUUAUGUUAGAAUUUGAUGAAUGGUUAUAGAUAAAUUCCAUAAAGUUUAGAUAGAUAGAUAGAUAGAUAGAUAGAUAGAUAGAUAGAUAAAGAAGAAAUAAAUUAUCCAAUAACGCUUUGAAUUAUCCAACACACAUAAAACAUAAUUUUUUAUAUAGUUUUUACUAUAAUUGUCCUAUAGUUGUAAAGCACUGCAACUGUUCUUGAGGGGCGAUAAUUAAGGUUGAAUCAUAAAACUCUAUUAAAGGUUGUACAUUUACAAUUGUAUUUCUGAUACUUUCGAUUUUCUCAGUAAAGAAAUUCAUAAAGUCAUCACUACUAAACUGUAAUGAAAUGUUUUGUUCUGGUGAUGUCUGUUUAUUUGUUAAUCUAGCCACUGUACUAAACAAGAACCGUGGGUUGUUUUGGUUUAUUUUCUAUGAGUUUGCGGAGAUGCUCAGCCCUGGAGUCUUUUUAGAGUCUUUCUAUAACGGGACGAGCUGUCUUUCCACGCGAUUCUGAAGACCUCUAAACGAGUUUGUCUCCAUUUGCGUUCUAGAUUACGAGUUUCACUUUUGAUAGCGCGAGUAAUACUGUUGUACCAAGGUACAGUAUUUUUCUCUCUAACCUUUUUUAAUCUCAUCGGUGCAACAGUAUCUAAUGUACUAGUGAAAAUGGUGCACAUGCUGCUAGUCAUUUUCUCUAGAUCAUUUGUGUGUUUAGGUACGAUGAGCAGCUGAGACAGAUCAGGCAGUUUAUUUGUGAAUUUAUCUAUAGUUGUCGGGAGAAUUGUUCUGCCUAGUCGAUAUCGCGGCGCAAUUUGACAAAUAUCAUCAGUAUGCAGUACGCCAGUUACAAGGUAGUGAUCAGAGACGUCAUCACUUUGCGGUAGAAUUUCUAUUUCGGUUGGAUUGAUUCCAUGUGAUAUAAUUAAAUCUAGUGUAUGAUUAAAACGGUGAGAUACUUUCACACUUUUUUCCUUUUGAUGUUCAGUGGUUGAAGGUUUAGUAGAUUAAUGCCAUUCCAUUGUAACCUAGACUAAACCCAUAUAUUAUAUAGGAUAUAAAUAGUGUUCACUGAGCUUACAGGAAUCUGAUGAAUCAUAGAUAAUAAAUCUUAAACGUUCCCUUUCACAGAUACACGCUUUUAGACAAAAGCUGUUAGGUGUGUUCAUACAAUUAUGCAAUGACAGUAACUGUUUGAUUUGUUGAUUUAAUUUCAGAAAGAAGACUUUAUGUGAAGUGUGUCACAGUAUUUAUAAUACUCUCUAUCCCUAGUUCAUCAAGGGAAUUUUGUUAAGGUAUAAUAUGUGAUUUACACCUGAUAAUGUAGCCCACAAUGUUUCUGUUACGAUGUCACUCCUCUCUGUUCACCAAAAAGAACAUGGAAAUAAUAGAGGGAAUCAAACUUGUCUAGCAGGUGAUCCACACGCAGUCACAUUCUUGUGGUGACUUGCACAAAGACAUAUUAAUUCCAGGAUCAUUUUUUUAGGUGGAUCAUUUGACAAGGAAACAAAAUCUCAGACACUUAGAAACAAGCUCGGCAUCCCUUCACCGUCGUUUCCAGAGGUAAGACAAUUGCCUUUUUUUCUGAAGAAAUAUGUUGAAGUGAUUUUGACAGACAUACAUCAGUGAGAAACAUGGCUGGUCAAGAUACAGGACAAAUACUAAAGUACUUUGCAGGAAUCAUAGCUUUCCUGCUGACCCAUGAAUGUGUUGUGGAAACACUUGAUUUCUCAAAUACAAGUAUAAAUUUCAAGAUUUAUUCCAAUGUCACAGAAGGGCAAGUCCAUUAUAUACACACAGAGCAACUGGAAUACAUUGUGGUUGUGGAAGUGAAUGCAUCCCACGCUUUGGUGAUUGAACAGAUCAGAGCAGCGAUGGCCUUUAACAUGUUUCCUCUUCAAUUGGACAACAGUACUGAAAUUACUACUGCGAACAUUACAACAGUGUGCCAGCCAAAUGUGACCGAAUACCAGUGCGUAUGUGAAGAUGGUUAUGCAUGGACAUACAACAACUGCAGGACAUAUGAUGCCUGUGAUGUCAUCAGUUUGGGCUCAUGUGGAUGUAUCAGUGGCAUUCCGAGUGAUGGAGAGAUGUGUGUGCUGGAGAGCGAACUACCCUUCACAGACUUAUUGUUUGAAAUUGAGAUGGAAUCAUCAAGCAUCUCCGUGAUCGAUGAGAUGAGGAGAUUUCUGCAGAACUUCACCUUUCCACUUCAUUUAGAUGAGCUGGUUGAAGUAUUAGAUGUGGACAUCACGACAGUGUGCAAUGUCAAUGACAGUGGAUACAAGUGUGUAUGUGAGGAUCAGUAUUUGUGGUCGUGUGAAAAGUGCACAGAAUAUGGGAGCUGUGACAACAUCACUAACAACACAUGCAACUGCAUCAAUGAUAUUCCAAGUGAUAGACAGUUCUGUCAACCAGUCAACGAGAUAACAACAUGUGCGCAACCAUCAACAGUUCCAGCUGAAUAUCUAACAGAAAUUCAGAUAGAUGCCGAGGAUACUUCCGUCAUUGAUCAGCUGAUGAACUAUUUGAUGGCUUUCAGUUUGCCCUCGAAAAUCAGUGACAGCACUAACAUCACAGAAAUCAACAUAACUACUGUGUGUUCUUUGAAUGAAACACAGUAUCAGUGUAAAUGUGAGGGUCUGUUUGUUUGGCCAAAUGAAACGUGUCACUCAUACGAGGCCUGUGAUGACAUCAUUGAUGGUUCAUGUACAUGUAUCAAUGCCCUUCCAACCAACGGACAGUUCUGUCAGUUAAAAGAAGCACCACCUACUAACUAUGAGAUUGACAUUGAUGUGAGUUCCUUUGACUUGGUCCUGGUGAACUACUUACGAAAUCUAAUCAUGAACAUCAGCCUGCCUUUCACCCUCAGCAACAACAUAAAUAUCACAGAUGUUGAUGUGACCACCGUGUGUGGGUUAAAUGGGACAGAAUAUGAGUGCAAGUGUGAGGAGCAUCAUGUUUGGCCCAGUGACACCUGCAGGGCCUUUCAGGUGUGUGAUGGCAUUGUGGGAGGCACUUGUGGAUGUAUUCAAGCUCUCCCUUCAGAGGGUCCGCUUUGCCAGAGAGACAUCAAUGAAUGCGAAGAUGCAGUGUCAGUUUGUGGUCAAUACUCAGAUUGUAUUAACAUCAUUGGGAGUCACAUGUGUUCAUGCUGGAGUGGAUAUAAUACCUCCAAUAAAGACAGUCCUGUGAGCAGCAACAACUCAUGUCAGGAUAUAAAUGAAUGUUCAGUGUUCAGUCCAUCUGUAUGUGGUCCAAAUUCCAUCUGUGCAAAUCAAUAUGGAAGUUACAAUUGCUCAUGUUUGAUUGGAUUCACUGCAACAAACCCAAGUCUCCCCAUCAGCGUCAGUAACACGUGUGGAGAUGUGCAUGAAUGUCUAAACACAUCAGAGUUCUGUGGUCCAAACUCUCGUUGCACCAACUUAUUUGGGAGUUACAACUGUUCCUGCUUGAGUGGGUUUGCUGUAACAAAUAUGAAUCAACCAGUCAGCACCAGUAACCCAUGCAUUGUGACUCUACCUUUGACUGAAUAUCUGAUUGAAAUUCAGAUCAAUAGUGUGGAUAGUAGCAUCACUGAUCAGCUGAGGACCCUUCUGAUGUCUUUUAAUUUGCCCUACAUAAUCAGUGACAGCACUAACAUCACAGAAAUCAACAUAACUACUGUGUGUUCAUUGAACCAAACGCAGUAUCAGUGUAAAUGUGAGGGUCUGUUUGUUUGGCCGAAUGACACGUGUCACUCAUACGAGGCCUGUGAUGUCAUCACUGAUGGUUCAUGUACAUGUAUCAAUGGCCUUCCAGACGAUGGACAGUUCUGUCAAGUACUACCUUCUAACUACGUGAUUGACAUUGACGUGAGAUUCUUUGACUUGAUCCUGGUGAACUACUUACGAAAUAUCAUCAGAAAUAUCAGCCUGCCUUUGACUCUGAGCAACAGCAUAAAUGUCACAGAUAUCGACAUGACUACUGUGUGUGGAUUAAAUGGGACAGAAUAUGAGUGCAAAUGCGAGGAGCAUCAUGUUUGGCCCAAUGACACCUGCAGGGCCUAUCAGGUGUGUGAUGGCAUUGUGGGAGGCACUUGUGGAUGUAUUCAAGCUCUCCCUUCAGAGGGUCUGCUUUGCCAGAGAGACAUCAAUGAAUGUGAAGAUGCAGUGUCAGUUUGUGGUCAAUACUCAGAUUGUAUUAACAUCAUUGGGAGUCACAUGUGUUCAUGCUGGAGUGGAUAUAAUACCUCCAAUAAAGACAGUCCUGUGAGCCGCAACAACUCAUGUCAGGAUAUAAAUGAAUGUUCAGUGUUCAGUCCAUCUGUAUGUGGUCCAAAUUCCAUCUGUGCAAAUCAAUAUGGAAGUUACAAUUGCUCAUGUUUGAUUGGAUUCACUGCAACAAACUCAAGUCUCCCCAUCAGCAUCAAUAAUACGUGUAGCGAUGUGCAUGAAUGUCUAAACACAUCAGAGUUCUGUGGCCCAAACUCUCGUUGCACCAACUUAUUUGGGAGUUACAACUGUUCCUGCUUGAGUGGGUUUACUGUAACAAAUAUGAAUCAACCUGUCAGAAUCAGUAACCCAUGCAAUGUGACUCUACCUUUAACUGAAUAUCUGAUUGAAAUUCAGAUCAAUAGUGUGGAUAGUAGCAUCACUGAUCAGCUGAGGACCCUUCUGAUGUCUUUUAAUUUGCCCUACAUAAUCAGUGACAGCACUAACAUUACAGAAAUCAACAUAACUACUGUGUGUUCAUUGAACCAAACGCAGUAUCAGUGUAAAUGCAAGGGUCUGUUUGUUUGGCCGAAUGACACGUGUCACUCAUACGAGGCCUGUGAUGUCAUCACUAAUGGUUCAUGUACAUGUAUCAAUGGCCUUCCAGACGAUGGACAGUUCUGUCAAGUACUACCUUCUAACUACGUGAUUGACAUUGACGUGAGAUUCUUUGACUUGAUCCUGGUGAACUACUUACGGAAUAUCAUCAGAAAUAUCAGCCUGCCUUUGACUCUGAGCAACAGCAUAAAUGUCACAGAUAUCGACAUGACUACUGUGUGUGGAUUAAAUGGGACAGAAUAUGAGUGCAAGUGUGAGGAGCAUCAUGUUUGGCCCAAUGACACCUGCAGGGCCUAUCAGGUGUGUGAUGGCAUUGUGGGAGGCACUUGUGGAUGUAUUCAAGCUCUCCCUUCAGAGGGUCUGCUUUGCCAGAGAGACAUCAAUGAAUGUGAAGAUGCAGUGUCAGUUUGUGGUCAAUACUCAGAUUGUAUUAACAUCAUUGGGAGUCACAUGUGUUCAUGCUGGAGUGGAUAUAAUACCUCCAAUAAAGACAGUCCUGUGAGCCGCAACAACUCAUGUCAGGAUAUAAAUGAAUGUGUAUUCAGUCCAUCUGUAUGUGGUCCAAAUUCCAUCUGUGAAAAUCAAUUUGGAAGUUACAACUGCUCAUGUUUGGAAGGAUUCACUGCAACAAACCCAAGUCUCCCCAUCAGCGUCAGUAACACGUGUGGAGAUGUGCAUGAAUGUCUAAACACAUCAGAGUUCUGUGGUCCAAACUCUCGUUGCACCAACUUAUUUGGGAGUUACAACUGUUCCUGCUUGAGUGGGUUUGCUGUAACAAAUAUGAAUCAACCAGUCAGCACCAGUAACCCAUGCAUUGUGACUCUACCUUUGACUGAAUAUCUGAUUGAAAUUCAGAUCAAUAGUGUGGAUAGUAGCAUCACUGAUCAGCUGAGGACCCUUCUGAUGUCUUUUAAUUUGCCCUACAUAAUCAGUGACAGCACUAACAUCACAGAAAUCAACAUAACUACUGUGUGUUCUUUGAACCAAACGCAGUAUCAGUGUAAAUGUGAGGGUCUGUUUGUUUGGCCGAAUGACACGUGUCACUCAUACGAGGCCUGUGAUGUCAUCACUGAUGGUUCAUGUACAUGUAUCAAUGGCCUUCCAGACGAUGGACAGUUCUGUCAAGUACUACCUUCUAACUACGUGAUUGACAUUGAUGUGAGAUUCUUUGACUUGAUCCUGGUGAACUACUUACGAAAUAUCAUCAGAAAUAUCAGCCUGCCUUUGACUCUGAGCAACAGCAUAAAUGUCACAGAUAUCGACAUGACUACUGUGUGUGGAUUAAAUGGGACAGAAUAUGAGUGCAAAUGCGAGGAGCAUCAUGUUUGGCCCAAUGACACCUGCAGGGCCUAUCUGGUGUGUGAUGGCAUUGUGGGAGGCACUUGUGGAUGUAUUCAAGCUCUCCCUUCAGAGGGUCUGCUUUGCCAGAGAGACAUCAAUGAAUGUGAAGAUGCAGUGUCAGUUUGUGGUCAAUACUCAGAUUGUAUUAACAUCAUUGGGAGUCACAUGUGUUCAUGCUGGAGUGGAUAUAAUACCUCCAAUAAAGACAGUCCUGUGAGCCGCAACAACUCAUGUCAGGAUAUAAAUGAAUGUGUAUUCAGUCCAUCUGUAUGUGGUCCAAAUUCCAUCUGUGAAAAUCAAUUUGGAAGUUACAACUGCUCAUGUUUGGAAGGAUUCACUGCAACAAACCCAAGUCUCCCCAUCAGCAUCAGUAACACGUGUGGAGAUGUGCAUGAAUGUCUAAACACUUCAGAGUUCUGUGGUCCAAACUCUCGUUGCACCAACUUAUUUGGGAGUUACAACUGUUCCUGCUUGAGUGGGUUUACUGUAACAAAUAUGAAUCAACCAGUCAGCACCAGUAACCCAUGCAAUGUGACUCUACCUUUGACUGAAUAUCUGAUUGAAAUUCAGAUCAAUAGUGUGGAUAGUAGCAUCACUGAUCAGCUGAGGACCCUUCUGAUGUCUUUUAAUUUGCCCUACAUAAUCAGUGACAGCACUAACAUCACAGAAAUCAACAUAACUACUGUGUGUUCAUUGAACCAAACGCAGUAUCAGUGUAAAUGUGAGGGUCUGUUUGUUUGGCCGAAUGACACGUGUCACUCAUACGAGGCCUGUGAUGUCAUCACUGAUGGUUCAUGUACAUGUAUCAAUGGCCUUCCAGAUGAUGGACAGUUCUGUCAAGUACUACCUUCUAAGUACGUGAUUGACAUUGACGUGAGAUUCUUUGACUUGAUCCUGGUGAACUACUUACGAAAUAUCAUCAGAAAUAUCAGCCUGCCUUUGACUCUGAGCAACAGCAUAAAUGUCACAGAUAUCGACAUGACUACUGUGUGUGGAUUAAAUGGGACAGAAUAUGAGUGCAAGUGUGAGGAGCAUCAUGUUUGGCCCAAUGACACCUGCAGGGCCUAUCAGGUGUGUGAUGGCAUUGUGGGAGGCACUUGUGGAUGUAUUCAAGCUCUCCCUUCAGAGGGUCCGCUUUGCCAGAGAGACAUCAAUGAAUGUGAAGAUGCAGUGUCAGUUUGUGGUCAAUACUCAGAUUGUAUUAACAUCAUUGGGAGUCACAUGUGUUCAUGCUGGAGUGGAUAUAAUACCUCCAAUAAAGACAGUCCUGUGAGCCGCAACAACUCAUGUCAGGAUAUAAAUGAAUGUUCAGUGUUCAGUCCAUCUGUAUGUGGUCCAAAUUCCAUCUGUGCAAAUCAAUAUGGAAGUUACAAUUGCUCAUGUUUGAUUGGAUUCACUGCAACAAACUCAAGUCUCCCCAUCAGCAUCAAUAAUACGUGUAGCGAUGUGCAUGAAUGUCUAAACACAUCAGAGUUCUGUGGCCCAAACUCUCGUUGCACCAACUUAUUUGGGAGUUACAACUGUUCCUGCUUGAGUGGGUUUACUGUAACAAAUAUGAAUCAACCUGUCAGAAUCAGUAACCCAUGCAAUGUGACUCUACCUUUAACUGAAUAUCUGAUUGAAAUUCAGAUCAAUAGUGUGGAUAGUAGCAUCACUGAUCAGCUGAGGACCCUUCUGAUGUCUUUUAAUUUGCCCUACAUAAUCAGUGACAGCACUAACAUUACAGAAAUCAACAUAACUACUGUGUGUUCAUUGAACCAAACGCAGUAUCAGUGUAAAUGCGAGGGUCUGUUUGUUUGGCCGAAUGACACGUGUCACUCAUACGAGGCCUGUGAUGUCAUCACUAAUGGUUCAUGUACAUGUAUCAAUGGCCUUCCAGACGAUGGACAGUUCUGUCAAGUACUACCUUCUAACUACGUGAUUGACAUUGACGUGAGAUUCUUUGACUUGAUCCUGGUGAACUACUUACGGAAUAUCAUCAGAAAUAUCAGCCUGCCUUUGACUCUGAGCAACAGCAUAAAUGUCACAGAUAUCGACAUGACUACUGUGUGUGGAUUAAAUGGGACAGAAUAUGAGUGCAAGUGUGAGGAGCAUCAUGUUUGGCCCAAUGACACCUGCAGGGCCUAUCAGGUGUGUGAUGGCAUUGUGGGAGGCACUUGUGGAUGUAUUCAAGCUCUCCCUUCAGAGGGUCUGCUUUGCCAGAGAGACAUCAAUGAAUGUGAAGAUGCAGUGUCAGUUUGUGGUCAAUACUCAGAUUGUAUUAACAUCAUUGGGAGUCACAUGUGUUCAUGCUGGAGUGGAUAUAAUACCUCCAAUAAAGACAGUCCUGUGAGCCGCAACAACUCAUGUCAGGAUAUAAAUGAAUGUGUAUUCAGUCCAUCUGUAUGUGGUCCAAAUUCCAUCUGUGAAAAUCAAUUUGGAAGUUACAACUGCUCAUGUUUGGAAGGAUUCACUGCAACAAACCCAAGUCUCCCCAUCAGCGUCAGUAACACGUGUGGAGAUGUGCAUGAAUGUCUAAACACUUCAGAGUUCUGUGGUCCAAACUCUCGUUGCACCAACUUAUUUGGGAGUUACAACUGUUCCUGCUUGAGUGGGUUUACUGUAACAAAUAUGAAUCAACCAGUCAGCACCAGUAACCCAUGCAAUGUGACUCUACCUUUGACUGAAUAUCUGAUUGAAAUUCAGAUCAAUAGUGUGGAUAGUAGCAUCACUGAUCAGCUGAGGACCCUUCUGAUGUCUUUUAAUUUGCCCUACAUAAUCAGUGACAGCACUAACAUUACAGAAAUCAACAUAACUACUGUGUGUUCAUUGAACCAAACGCAGUAUCAGUGUAAAUGUGAGGGUCUGUUUGUUUGGCCGAAUGACACGUGUCACUCGUACGAGGCCUGUGAUGUCAUCACUGAUGGUUCAUGUACAUGUAUCAAUGGCCUUCCAGAUGAUGGACAGUUCUGUCAAGUACUACCUUCUAACUACGUGAUUGACAUUGACGUGAGAUUCUUUGACUUGAUCCUGGUGAACUACUUACGAAAUAUCAUCAGAAAUAUCAGCCUGCCUUUGACUCUGAGCAACAGCAUAAAUGUCACAGAUAUCGACAUGACUACUGUGUGUGGAUUAAAUGGGACAGAAUAUGAGUGCAAGUGUGAGGAGCAUCAUGUUUGGCCCAAUGACACCUGCAGGGCCUAUCAGGUGUGUGAUGGCAUUGUGGGAGGCACUUGUGGAUGUAUUCAAGCUCUCCCUUCAGAGGGUCCGCUUUGCCAGAGAGACAUCAAUGAAUGUGAAGAUGCAGUGUCAGUUUGUGGUCAAUACUCAGAUUGUAUUAACAUCAUUGGGAGUCACAUGUGUUCAUGCUGGAGUGGAUAUAAUACCUCCAAUAAAGACAGUCCUGUGAGCAGCAACAACUCAUGUCAGGAUAUAAAUGAAUGUUCAGUGUUCAGUCCAUCUGUAUGUGGUCCAAAUUCCAUCUGUGCAAAUCAAUAUGGAAGUUACAAUUGCUCAUGUUUGAUUGGAUUCACUGCAACAAACUCAAGUCUCCCCAUCAGCAUCAAUAAUACGUGUAGCGAUGUGCAUGAAUGUCUAAACACAUCAGAGUUCUGUGGCCCAAACUCUCGUUGCACCAACUUAUUUGGGAGUUACAACUGUUCCUGCUUGAGUGGGUUUACUGUAACAAAUAUGAAUCAACCUGUCAGAAUCAGUAACCCAUGCAAUGUGACUCUACCUUUAACUGAAUAUCUGAUUGAAAUUCAGAUCAAUAGUGUGGAUAGUAGCAUCACUGAUCAGCUGAGGACCCUUCUGAUGUCUUUUAAUUUGCCCUACAUAAUCAGUGACAGCACUAACAUUACAGAAAUCAACAUAACUACUGUGUGUUCAUUGAACCAAACGCAGUAUCAGUGUAAAUGCAAGGGUCUGUUUGUUUGGCCGAAUGACACGUGUCACUCAUACGAGGCCUGUGAUGUCAUCACUAAUGGUUCAUGUACAUGUAUCAAUGGCCUUCCAGACGAUGGACAGUUCUGUCAAGUACUACCUUCUAACUACGUGAUUGACAUUGACGUGAGAUUCUUUGACUUGAUCCUGGUGAACUACUUACGGAAUAUCAUCAGAAAUAUCAGCCUGCCUUUGACUCUGAGCAACAGCAUAAAUGUCACAGAUAUCGACAUGACUACUGUGUGUGGAUUAAAUGGGACAGAAUAUGAGUGCAAGUGUGAGGAGCAUCAUGUUUGGCCCAAUGACACCUGCAGGGCCUAUCAGGUGUGUGAUGGCAUUGUGGGAGGCACUUGUGGAUGUAUUCAAGCUCUCCCUUCAGAGGGUCUGCUUUGCCAGAGAGACAUCAAUGAAUGUGAAGAUGCAGUGUCAGUUUGUGGUCAAUACUCAGAUUGUAUUAACAUCAUUGGGAGUCACAUGUGUUCAUGCUGGAGUGGAUAUAAUACCUCCAAUAAAGACAGUCCUGUGAGCCGCAACAACUCAUGUCAGGAUAUAAAUGAAUGUGUAUUCAGUCCAUCUGUAUGUGGUCCAAAUUCCAUCUGUGAAAAUCAAUUUGGAAGUUACAACUGCUCAUGUUUGGAAGGAUUCACUGCAACAAACCCAAGUCUCCCCAUCAGCGUCAGUAACACGUGUGGAGAUGUGCAUGAAUGUCUAAACACAUCAGAGUUCUGUGGUCCAAACUCUCGUUGCACCAACUUAUUUGGGAGUUACAACUGUUCCUGCUUGAGUGGGUUUGCUGUAACAAAUAUGAAUCAACCAGUCAGCACCAGUAACCCAUGCAUUGUGACUCUACCUUUGACUGAAUAUCUGAUUGAAAUUCAGAUCAAUAGUGUGGAUAGUAGCAUCACUGAUCAGCUGAGGACCCUUCUGAUGUCUUUUAAUUUGCCCUACAUAAUCAGUGACAGCACUAACAUCACAGAAAUCAACAUAACUACUGUGUGUUCAUUGAACCAAACGCAGUAUCAGUGUAAAUGUGAGGGUCUGUUUGUUUGGCCGAAUGACACGUGUCACUCAUACGAGGCCUGUGAUGUCAUCACUGAUGGUUCAUGUACAUGUAUCAAUGGCCUUCCAGACGAUGGACAGUUCUGUCAAGUACUACCUUCUAACUACGUGAUUGACAUUGACGUGAGAUUCUUUGACUUGAUCCUGGUGAACUACUUACGAAAUAUCAUCAGAAAUAUCAGCCUGCCUUUGACUCUGAGCAACAGCAUAAAUGUCACAGAUAUCGACAUGACUACUGUGUGUGGAUUAAAUGGGACAGAAUAUGAGUGCAAAUGCGAGGAGCAUCAUGUUUGGCCCAAUGACACCUGCAGGGCCUAUCUGGUGUGUGAUGGCAUUGUGGGAGGCACUUGUGGAUGUAUUCAAGCUCUCCCUUCAGAGGGUCUGCUUUGCCAGAGAGACAUCAAUGAAUGUGAAGAUGCAGUGUCAGUUUGUGGUCAAUACUCAGAUUGUAUUAACAUCAUUGGGAGUCACAUGUGUUCAUGCUGGAGUGGAUAUAAUACCUCCAAUAAAGACAGUCCUGUGAGCCGCAACAACUCAUGUCAGGAUAUAAAUGAAUGUGUAUUCAGUCCAUCUGUAUGUGGUCCAAAUUCCAUCUGUGAAAAUCAAUUUGGAAGUUACAACUGCUCAUGUUUGGAAGGAUUCACUGCAACAAACCCAAGUCUCCCCAUCAGCAUCAGUAACACGUGUGGAGAUGUGCAUGAAUGUCUAAACACUUCAGAGUUCUGUGGUCCAAACUCUCGUUGCACCAACUUAUUUGGGAGUUACAACUGUUCCUGCUUGAGUGGGUUUACUGUAACAAAUAUGAAUCAACCAGUCAGCACCAGUAACCCAUGCAAUGUGACUCUACCUUUGACUGAAUAUCUGAUUGAAAUUCAGAUCAAUAGUGUGGAUAGUAGCAUCACUGAUCAGCUGAGGACCCUUCUGAUGUCUUUUAAUUUGCCCUACAUAAUCAGUGACAGCACUAACAUCACAGAAAUCAACAUAACUACUGUGUGUUCAUUGAACCAAACGCAGUAUCAGUGUAAAUGUGAGGGUCUGUUUGUUUGGCCGAAUGACACGUGUCACUCAUACGAGGCCUGUGAUGUCAUCACUGAUGGUUCAUGUACAUGUAUCAAUGGCCUUCCAGAUGAUGGACAGUUCUGUCAAGUACUACCUUCUAAGUACGUGAUUGACAUUGACGUGAGAUUCUUUGACUUGAUCCUGGUGAACUACUUACGAAAUAUCAUCAGAAAUAUCAGCCUGCCUUUGACUCUGAGCAACAGCAUAAAUGUCACAGAUAUCGACAUGACUACUGUGUGUGGAUUAAAUGGGACAGAAUAUGAGUGCAAGUGUGAGGAGCAUCAUGUUUGGCCCAAUGACACCUGCAGGGCCUAUCAGGUGUGUGAUGGCAUUGUGGGAGGCACUUGUGGAUGUAUUCAAGCUCUCCCUUCAGAGGGUCCGCUUUGCCAGAGAGACAUCAAUGAAUGUGAAGAUGCAGUGUCAGUUUGUGGUCAAUACUCAGAUUGUAUUAACAUCAUUGGGAGUCACAUGUGUUCAUGCUGGAGUGGAUAUAAUACCUCCAAUAAAGACAGUCCUGUGAGCCGCAACAACUCAUGUCAGGAUAUAAAUGAAUGUUCAGUGUUCAGUCCAUCUGUAUGUGGUCCAAAUUCCAUCUGUGCAAAUCAAUAUGGAAGUUACAAUUGCUCAUGUUUGAUUGGAUUCACUGCAACAAACUCAAGUCUCCCCAUCAGCAUCAAUAAUACGUGUAGCGAUGUGCAUGAAUGUCUAAACACAUCAGAGUUCUGUGGCCCAAACUCUCGUUGCACCAACUUAUUUGGGAGUUACAACUGUUCCUGCUUGAGUGGGUUUACUGUAACAAAUAUGAAUCAACCUGUCAGAAUCAGUAACCCAUGCAAUGUGACUCUACCUUUAACUGAAUAUCUGAUUGAAAUUCAGAUCAAUAGUGUGGAUAGUAGCAUCACUGAUCAGCUGAGGACCCUUCUGAUGUCUUUUAAUUUGCCCUACAUAAUCAGUGACAGCACUAACAUUACAGAAAUCAACAUAACUACUGUGUGUUCAUUGAACCAAACGCAGUAUCAGUGUAAAUGCGAGGGUCUGUUUGUUUGGCCGAAUGACACGUGUCACUCAUACGAGGCCUGUGAUGUCAUCACUAAUGGUUCAUGUACAUGUAUCAAUGGCCUUCCAGACGAUGGACAGUUCUGUCAAGUACUACCUUCUAACUACGUGAUUGACAUUGACGUGAGAUUCUUUGACUUGAUCCUGGUGAACUACUUACGGAAUAUCAUCAGAAAUAUCAGCCUGCCUUUGACUCUGAGCAACAGCAUAAAUGUCACAGAUAUCGACAUGACUACUGUGUGUGGAUUAAAUGGGACAGAAUAUGAGUGCAAGUGUGAGGAGCAUCAUGUUUGGCCCAAUGACACCUGCAGGGCCUAUCAGGUGUGUGAUGGCAUUGUGGGAGGCACUUGUGGAUGUAUUCAAGCUCUCCCUUCAGAGGGUCUGCUUUGCCAGAGAGACAUCAAUGAAUGUGAAGAUGCAGUGUCAGUUUGUGGUCAAUACUCAGAUUGUAUUAACAUCAUUGGGAGUCACAUGUGUUCAUGCUGGAGUGGAUAUAAUACCUCCAAUAAAGACAGUCCUGUGAGCCGCAACAACUCAUGUCAGGAUAUAAAUGAAUGUGUAUUCAGUCCAUCUGUAUGUGGUCCAAAUUCCAUCUGUGAAAAUCAAUUUGGAAGUUACAACUGCUCAUGUUUGGAAGGAUUCACUGCAACAAACCCAAGUCUCCCCAUCAGCGUCAGUAACACGUGUGGAGAUGUGCAUGAAUGUCUAAACACUUCAGAGUUCUGUGGUCCAAACUCUCAUUGCACCAACUUAUUUGGGAGUUACAACUGUUCCUGCUUGAGUGGGUUUACUGUAACAAAUAUGAAUCAACCAGUCAGCAUCAGUAACCCAUGCAAUGUGACUCUACCUUUGACUGAAUAUCUGAUUGAAAUUCAGAUCAAUAGUGUGGAUAGUAGCAUCACUGAUCAGCUGAGGACCCUUCUGAUGUCUUUUAAUUUGCCCUACAUAAUCAGUGACAGCACUAACAUUACAGAAAUCAACAUAACUACUGUGUGUUCAUUGAACCAAACGCAGUAUCAGUGUAAAUGUGAGGGUCUGUUUGUUUGGCCGAAUGACACGUGUCACUCAUACGAGGCCUGUGAUGUCAUCACUGAUGGUUCAUGUACAUGUAUCAAUGGCCUUCCAGACGAUGGACAGUUCUGUCAAGUACUACCUUCUAAGUACGUGAUUGACAUUGACGUGAGAUUCUUUGACUUGUUCAUGGUGAACUACUUACGGAAUAUCAUCAGAAAUAUCAGCCUGCCUUUGACUCUGAGCAACAGCAUAAAUGUCACAGAUAUCGACAUGACUACUGUGUGUGGGUUAAAUGGGACAGAAUAUGAGUGCAAGUGUGAGGAGCAUCAUGUUUGGCCCAAUGACACCUGCAGGGCCUAUCAGGUGUGUGAUGGCAUUGUGGGAGGCACUUGUGGAUGUAUUCAAGCUCUCCCUUCAGAGGGUCCGCUUUGCCAGAGAGACAUCAAUGAAUGUGAAGAUGCAGUGUCAGUUUGUGGGCAAUACUCAGAUUGUAUUAACAUCAUUGGGAGUCACAUGUGUUCAUGCUGGAGUGGAUUUAAUACCUCCAAUAAAGACAGUCCUGUGAGCCGCAACAACUCAUGUCAGGAUAUAAAUGAAUGUCUGUUCAGUCCAUCUGUAUGUGGUCCAAAUUCCAACUGCACAAAUGAAAUAGGAAGUUACAAUUGCUCAUGUUUGAAUGGAUUCACUCCAACAAACUCAAGUCUCACCAUCAGCAUCAAUAACACAUGUACAGAUGUGCAUGAAUGUCUAAACACAUCAGAGUUCUGUGGUCCAAACUCUCGUUGCACCAACUUAUUUGGGAGUUACAACUGUUCCUGCUUGAGUGGGUUUACUGUAACAAAUAUGAAUCAACCAGUCAGCAUCAGUAACCCAUGCAAUGUGACUCUACCUUUGACUGAAUAUCUGAUUGAAAUUCAGAUCAAUAGUGUGGAUAGUAGCAUCACUGAUCAGCUGAGGACCCUUCUGAUGUCUUUUAAUUUGCCCUACAUAAUCAGUGACAGCACUAACAUUACAGAAAUCAACAUAACUACUGUGUGUUCAUUGAACCAAACGCAGUAUCAGUGUAAAUGUGAGGGUCUGUUUGUUUGGCCGAAUGAGACGUGUCACUUGUACGAGGCCUGUGAUGUCAUCACUAAUGGUUCAUGUACAUGUAUCAAUGGCCUUCCAGAUGAUGGACAGUUCUGUCAAGUACUACCUUCUAAGUACAUGAUUGACAUUGAUGUGAGAUUCUUUGACUUGUUCCUGGUGAACUACUUACGGAAUGUCAUCAGAAAUAUCAGCCUGCCUUUGACUCUGAGCAACAGCAUAAAUGUCACAGAUAUUGACAUGACUACUGUGUGUGGGUUAAAUGGGACAGAAUAUGAGUGCAAAUGCGAGGAGCAUCAUGUUUGGCCCAAUGACACCUGCAGGGCCUAUCAGGUGUGUGAUGGCAUUGUGGGAGGCACUUGUGGAUGUAUUCAAGCUCUCCCUUCAGAGGGUCCGCUUUGCCAGAGAGACAUCAAUGAAUGUGAAGAUGCAGUGUCAGUUUGUGGGCAAUACUCAGAUUGUAUUAACAUCAUUGGGAGUCACAUGUGUUCAUGCUGGAGUGGAUUUAAUACCUCCAAUAAAGACAGUCCUGUGAGCCGCAACAACUCAUGUCAGGAUAUAAAUGAAUGUCUGUUCAGUCCAUCUGUAUGUGGUCCAAAUUCCAACUGCACAAAUAAAAUAGGAAGUUACAAUUGCUCAUGUUUGGAUGGAUUCACUCCAACAAACUCAAGUCUCACCAUCAGCAUCAAUAACACAUGUACAGAUGUGCAUGAAUGUCUAAACACAUCAGAGUUCUGUGGUCCAAACUCUCGUUGCACCAACUUAUUUGGGAGUUACAACUGUUCCUGCUUGAGUGGGUUUACUGUAACAAAUAUGAAUCAACCUGUCAGCACCAGUAACCCAUGCAAUGUGACUCUACCUUUGACUGAAUAUCUGAUUGAAAUUCAGAUCAAUAGUGUGGAUAGUAGCAUCACUGAUCAGCUGAGGACCCUUCUGAUGUCUUUUAAUUUGCCCUACAUAAUCAGUGACAGCACUAACAUUACAGAAAUAAACAUAACUACUGUGUGUUCAUUGAACCAAACGCAGUAUCAGUGUAAAUGUGAGGGUCUGUUUGUUUGGCCGAAUGACACGUGUCACUCAUACGAGGCCUGUGAUGUCAUCACUAAUGGUUCAUGUACAUGUAUCAAUGGCCUUCCAGACGAUGGACAGUUCUGUCAAGUACUACCUUCUAAGUACAUAAUUGACAUUGACGUGAGAUUCUUUGACUUGUUCGUGGUGAACUAUUUACGAAAUAUCAUCAGAAAUAUCAGCCUGCCUUUGACUCUGAGCAACAGCAUAAAUGUCACAGAUAUCGACAUGACUACUGUGUGUGGGUUAAAUGGAACAGAAUAUGAGUGCAAAUGCGAGGAGCAUCAUGUUUGGCCCAGUGACACCUGCAGGGCCUAUCAGGUGUGUGAUGGCAUUGUGGGAGGCACUUGUGGAUGUAUUCAAGCUCUCCCUUCAGAGGGUCCGCUUUGCCAGAGAGACAUCAAUGAAUGUGAAGAUGCAGUGUCAGUUUGUGGUCAAUACUCAGAUUGUAUUAACAUCAUUGGGAGUCACAUGUGUUCAUGCUGGAGUGGAUUUAAUACCUCCAAUAAAGACAGUCCUGUGAGCCGCAACAACUCAUGUCAGGAUAUAAAUGAAUGUCUGUUCAGUCCAUCUGUAUGUGGUCCGAAUUCCAACUGCACAAAUGAAAUAGGAAGUUACAAUUGCUCAUGUUUGAAUGGAUUCACUCCAACAAACUCAAGUCUCACCAUCAGCAUCAAUAACACAUGUACAGAUGUGCAUGAAUGUCUAAACACAUCAGAGUUCUGUGGUCCAAACUCUCGUUGCACCAACUUAUUUGGGAGUUACAACUGUUCCUGCUUGAGUGGGUUUACUGUAACAAAUAUGAAUCAACCAGUCAGCAUCAGUAACCCAUGCAAUGUGACUCUACCUUUGACUGAAUAUCUGAUUGAAAUUCAGAUCAAUAGUGUGGAUAGUAGCAUCACUGAUCAGCUGAGGACCCUUCUGAUGUCUUUUAAUUUGCCCUACAUAAUCAGUGACAGCACUAACAUUACAGAAAUCAACAUAACUACUGUGUGUUCAUUGAACCAAACGCAGUAUCAGUGUAAAUGUGAGGGUCUGUUUGUUUGGCCGAAUGACACGUGUCACUCAUACGAGGCCUGUGAUGUCAUCACUAAUGGUUCAUGUACAUGUAUCAAUGGCCUUCCAGACGAUGGACAGUUCUGUCAAGUACUACCUUCUAAGUACAUAAUUGACAUUGACGUGAGAUUCUUUGACUUGUUCGUGGUGAACUACUUACGAAAUAUCAUCAGAAAUAUCAGCCUGCCUUUGACUCUGAGCAACAGCAUAAAUGUCACAGAUAUCGACAUGACUACUGUGUGUGGGUUAAAUGGGACAGAAUAUGAGUGCAAGUGCGAGGAGCAUCAUGUUUGGCCCAAUGACACCUGCAGGGCCUAUCAGGUGUGUGAUGGCAUUGUGGGAGGCACUUGUGGAUGUAUUCAAGCUCUCCCUUCAGAGGGUCCACUUUGCCAGAGAGACAUCAAUGAAUGUGAAGGUGCAGUGUCAGUUUGUGGUCAAUACUCAGAUUGUAUUAAUAUCAUUGGGAGUCACAUGUGUUCAUGCUGGAGUGGAUUUAAUACCUCCAAUAAAGACAGUCCUGUGAGCCACAACAACUCAUGUCAGGAUGUGGAUGAAUGUGUUGAGAGAUCAGACAUCUGUGGUCCAAACUCAAUCUGCAACAACACUGUUGGGAGUCACAAUUGCUCUUGCAUGAGUGGAUAUAAUGUAACAGAUCCAAACCUCCCUAUAAACAGCAGUAACACAUGCAAAGAUAUAGAUGAAUGUCUGUUCAGUCCAUCUAUAUGUGGUCCUGAUUCCAACUGCACAAAUGAAAUAGGAAGUUACAAUUGCUCAUGUUUGGAUGGAUUCACUGCAACAAACUCCAGUCUCACCAUCAGCAUCAAUAACACAUGUAGAGAUGUGGAUGAAUGCGUUGAGAGAUCAGACGUCUGUGGUCCAAACUCAAUCUGCAACAACACUGUUGGGAGUCACAAUUGCUCUUGCAUGAGUGGAUAUAAUGUAACAGAUCCAAACCUCCCUAUAAACAGCAAUAACACAUGCAAAGAUAUAGAUGAAUGUCUGAUCAGUCCAACUGUAUGCGGUCCUGAUUCCAACUGCACAAAUAAAAUGGGAAGUUACAAUUGCUCAUGUUUGGAUGGAUUCAUUGUAACAAACUCAAAUCUCACCAUCAGCAUCAAUAACACAUGUAGAGAUGUGGAUGAAUGUGUUGAGAUAUCAGACGUCUGUGGUCCAAACUCAAUCUGCAACAACACUGUUGGGAGUCACAAUUGCUCUUGCAUGAGUGGAUAUGAUGUAACAGAUCCAAACCUCCCUAUAAACGGCAAUAACACAUGCAAAGAUAUAAAUGAAUGUCUGUUCAGUCCAUCUAUAUGUGGUCCUGAUUCCAACUGCACAAAUGAAAUAGGAAGUUACAAUUGCUCAUGUUUGGAUGGAUUCACUGUAACAAACUCCAGUCUCACUAUCAGCAUCAAUAACACAUGUAGAGAUGUGGAUGAAUGUGUUGAGAUAUCAGACGUCUGUGGUCCAAACUCAAUCUGCAACAACACUGUUGGGAGUCACAAUUGCUCUUGCAUGAGUGGAUAUAAUGUAACAGACUCAAACCUCCCUAUAAACAGCAAUAACACAUGCAAAGAUAUAGAUGAAUGUCUGAUCAGUCCAUCUGUAUGUGGUCCAAAUUCCAACUGCACAAAUGAAAUAGGAAGUUACAAUUGCUCAUGUUUGGAUGGAUUCACUGCAACAAACUCAAAUCUCACCAUCAGCAUCAAUAACACAUGUAGAGAUGUGGAUGAAUGUGUUGAGAUAUCAGACGUCUGUGGUCCAAACUCAAUCUGCAACAACACUGUUGGGAGUUACAAUUGCUCUUGCAUGAGUGGAUAUGAUGUAACAGAUCCAAACCUCCCUAUAAACAGCAAUAACACAUGCAAAGAUAUAGAUGAAUGUCUGAUCAGUCCAUCUGUAUGUGGUCCAAAUUCCAACUGCACAAAUGAAAUAGGAAGUUACAAUUGCUCAUGUUUGGAUGGAUUCACUGCAACAAACUCAAAUCUCACCAUCAGCAUCAAUAACACAUGUAGAGAUGUGGAUGAAUGUGUUGAGAUAUCAGACGUCUGUGGUCCAAACUCAAUCUGCAACAACACUGUUGGGAGUCACAAUUGCUCUUGCAUGAGUGGAUAUAAUGUAACAGAUCCAAACCUCCCUAUAAACAGCAAUAACACAUGCAGAGAUAUAGAUGAAUGUCUGGUCAGUCCAUCUGUAUGUGGUCCAAAUUCCAACUGCACAAAUGAAAUAGGAAGUUACAGUUGCUCAUGUUUGGAUGGAUUCACUGUAACAAACUCAAAUCUCACCAUCAACAUCAAUAACACAUGUAGAGAUGUGGAUGAAUGUGUUGAGAUAUCAGACAUCUGUGGUCCAAACUCAAUCUGCAACAACACUGUUGGGAGUUACAAUUGUUCAUGCUUGAGUGGAUAUAAUGUAACAGAUCCAAACCUCCCUAUAAACAGCAGUAACACAUGCACAGAUAUAGAUGAAUGUCUGAUCAGUCCAUCUGUAUGUGGUCCAAAUUCCAACUGCACAAAUGAAAUAGGAAGUUACAAUUGCUCAUGUUUGGAUGGAUUCACUGCAACAAACUCAAAUCUCACCAUCAGCAUCAAUAACACAUGUAGAGAUGUGGAUGAAUGUGUUGAGAGAUCAGACGUCUGUGGUCCAAACUCAAUCUGCAACAACACUGUUGGGAGUUACAAUUGCUCUUGCAUGAGUGGAUAUAAUGUAACAGAUCCAAACCUCCCUAUAAGCAGCAAUAACACAUGCAAAGAUAUAGAUGAAUGUCUGGUCAAUCCACCUCAAUGUGGGUCAAAUUCCAACUGCACAAAUGAAAUAGGAAGUUACAAUUGCUCAUGUUUGGAUGGAUUCAUUGUAACAAAUUCAAGUCUCACCAUCAGUAUCAAUAACACAUGUAGAGAUGUGGAUGAAUGUGUUGAGAUAUCAGACGUCUGUGGUCCAAACUCAAUCUGCAACAACACUGUUGGGAGUUACAAUUGCUCUUGCAUGAGUGGAUAUAAUGUAACCGACCCAAAUCUCCCUAUAAACAGCAGUAACCCAUGCAAAGAUAUUUAUGAAUGUCUUGACGCAGUAUCAGUAUGUGGGCCAAACUCUCACUGUUACAAUUACAAUGGAAGCUUCUCGUGCUCUUGUUGGGAAGGAUAUAACGUCUCAGAUGGAAAUAAGGAGAUUGCCAAAAGUAACCCAUGCAUCGAUAUAAAUGAAUGUCUGCUCAGUCCAUCUAUAUGUGGCCCUGAUUCCAACUGCACAAAUGAAAUAGGAAGUUACAAUUGCUCAUGUUUGGAUGGAUUCACUGCAACAAACUCAAAUCUCACCGUCAGCAUCAAUAACACAUGUAGAGAUGUGGAUGAAUGUGUUGAGAUAUCAGACGUCUGUGGUCCAAACUCAAUCUGCAACAACACUGUUGGGAGUUACAAUUGCUCUUGCAUGAGUGGAUAUAAUGUAACAGAUCCAAACCUCCCUAUAAACAACAUUAACCCAUGCAAAGAUAUUUAUGAAUGUCUUGACCCUCCAUCAGUAUGUGGGCCGAACUCUUACUGUUACAAUUACAAUGGAAGCUUCUCAUGCUUUUGUUGGAAUGGAUAUAAUGUCACAGAUGGUAAUCACGCUAUUAAUAAAAACAACCCAUGCAUCGAUGUAGAUGAAUGUCUGAUCAGUCCAUCUGUAUGUGGUCCAAAUUCCAACUGCACAAAUGAAAUAGGAAGUUACAAUUGCUCAUGUUUGGAUGGAUUCACUGCAACAAACUCAAAUCUCAGCAUCAGCAUCAAUAACACAUGUAGAGAUGUGGAUGAAUGUGUUGAGAUAUCAGACAUCUGUGGUCCAAACUCAAUCUGCAACAACACUGUUGGGAGUCACAAUUGCUCUUGCAUGAGUGGAUAUAAUGUAACAGAUCCAAACUUCCCUAUUAACAGCAAUAACACAUGCAAAGAUAUAGAUGAAUGUGUGAUCAGUCCAUCUGUAUGUGGUCCUGAUUCCAACUGUACAAAUGAAAUAGGAAGUUACAAUUGCUCAUGUUUGGAUGGAUUCACUGUAACAAACUCAAAUCUCACCAUCAACAUCAAUAACACAUGUAGAGAUGUGGAUGAAUGUGUUGAGAUAUCAGACGUCUGUGGUCCAAACUCAAUCUGCAACAACACUGUUGGGAGUUACAAUUGCUCUUGCAUGAGUGGAUAUGAUGUAACAGACUCAAACCUCCCUAUAAACAGCAGUAACACAUGCAGAGAUAUAGAUGAAUGUCUGCUCAGUCCAUCUGUAUGUGGUCCUGAUUCCAACUGCACAAAUGAAAUAGGAAGUUACAAUUGCUCAUGUUUGGAUGGAUUCAUUGUAACAAACUCCAGUCUCACCAUCAGCAUCAAUAACACAUGUAGAGAUAUAGAUGAAUGUCUGUUCAGUCCAUCUGUAUGUGGUCCUGAUUCCAACUGCACAAAUGAAAUAGGAAGUUACAAUUGCUCAUGUUUGGAUGGAUUCACUGUAACAAACUCAAAUCUCACCAUCAGCAUCAAUAACACAUGUAGAGAUGUGGAUGAAUGUGUUGAGAUAUCAGACGUCUGUGGUCCAAACUCAAUCUGCAACAACACUGUUGGGAGUUACAAUUGCUCUUGCAUGAGUGGAUAUAAUGUAACAGACCCAAACCUCCCUAUAAACAGCAAUAACACAUGCAAAGAUAUAGAUGAAUGUCUGAUCAGUCCAUCUGUAUGUGGUCCAAAUUCCAACUGCACAAAUGAAAUAGGAAGUUACAAUUGCUCAUGUUUGGAUGGAUUCAUUGUAACAAACUCAAAUCUCACCAUCAGCAUCAAUAACACAUGUAGAGAUGUGGAUGAAUGUGUUGAGAUAUCAGACGUCUGUGGUCCAAACUCAAUCUGCAACAACACUGUUGGGAGUUACAAUUGUUCAUGCUUGAGUGGAUAUAAUGUAACAGAUCCAAACCUCCCUAUAAACAGCAAUAACACAUGCAGAGAUAUAGAUGAAUGUCUAUUCAAUCCAUCUGUGUGUGGCCCUGAUUCCAACUGCACAAAUGAAAUAGGAAGUUACAAUUGCUCAUGUUUGGAUGGAUUCACUGCAACAAACUCAAAUCUCACCAUCAGCAUCAAUAACGCAUGUAGAGAUGUGGAUGAAUGUGUUGAGAUAUCAGACAUCUGUGGUCCAAACUCAAUCUGCAACAACACUGUUGGGAGUCACAAUUGCUCUUGCAUGAGUGGAUAUAAUGUAACAGACUCAAACCUCCCUAUAAACAGCAGUAACACAUGCAGAGAUAUAAAUGAAUGUCUGUUCAGUCCAUCUAUAUGUGGUCCUGAUUCCAACUGCACAAAUGAAAUAGGAAGUUACAAUUGCUCAUGUUUGGAUGGAUUCACUGUAACAAACUCAAAUCUCACCAUCAGCAUCAAUAACACAUGCAGAGAUGUGGAUGAAUGUGUUAAGAGAUCAGACAUCUGUGGUCCAAACUCAAUCUGCAACAACACUGUUGGGAGUUACAAUUGCUCUUGCAUGAGUGGAUAUGAUGUAACAGAUCCAAACCUCCCUAUAAACAGCAGUAACACAUGCAAAGAUAUAGAUGAAUGUCUGGUCAAUCCACCUCAAUGUGGGUCAAAUUCCAACUGCACAAAUGAAAUAGGAAGUUUCAAUUGCUCAUGUUUGGAUGGAUUCAUUGUAACAAAUUCAAGUCUCACCAUCAGCAUCAAUAACACAUGUAGAGAUGUGGAUGAAUGUGUUGAGAUAUCAGACGUCUGUGGUCCAAACUCAAUCUGCAACAACACUGUUGGGAGUCACAAUUGCUCUUGCAUAAGUGGAUAUAAUGUAACCGACCCAAAUCUCCCUAUAAACAGCAGUAACCCAUGCAAAGAUAUUUAUGAAUGUCUUGACGCAGUAUCAGUAUGUGGGCCAAACUCUAACUGUUACAAUUACAAUGGAAGCUUCUCCUGCUCUUGUUGGGAAGGAUAUAACGUCUCAGAUGGAAAUAAGGAGAUUGCCAAAAGUAACCCAUGCAUCGAUAUAAAUGAAUGUCUGCUCAGUCCAUUUAUAUGUGGCCCUGAUUCCAACUGCACAAAUGAAAUAGGAAGUUACAAUUGCUCAUGUUUGGAUGGAUUCACUGCAACAAACUCCAGUCUCACCAUCAGCAUCAAUAACACAUGUAGAGAUGUGGAUGAAUGCUUUGAGAUAUCAGACGUCUGUGGUCCAAACUCAAUCUGCAACAACACUGUUGGGAGUUACAAUUGCUCUUGCAUGAGUGGAUAUAAUGUAACAGAUCCAAACCUCCCUAUAAACAGCAAUAACCCAUGCAGAGAUAUUUAUGAAUGUCUUGACCCUCCAUCAGUAUGUGGGCCGAACUCUUACUGUUACAAUUACAAUGGAAGCUUCUCAUGCUUUUGUUGGAAUGGAUAUAAUGUCACAGAUGGUAAUCACGCUAUUAAUAAAAACAACCCAUGCAUCGAUAUAGAUGAAUGUCUGAUCAGUCCAUCUGUAUGUGGUCCAAAUUCCAACUGCACAAAUGAAAUAGGAAGUUACAAUUGCUCAUGUUUGGAUGGAUUCACUGCAACAAACUCAAAUCUCACCAUCAGCAUCAAUAACACAUGUAGAGAUGUGGAUGAAUGUGUUGAGAUAUCAGACGUCUGUGGUCCAAACUCAAUCUGCAACAACACUGUUGGGAGUCACAAUUGCUCUUGCAUGAGUGGAUAUGAUGUAACAGAUCCAAACCUCCCUAUAAACAGCAAUAACACAUGCAGAGAUAUAAAUGAAUGUCUGAUCAGUCCAUCUGUAUGUGGUCCAAAUUCCAACUGCACAAAUGAAAUAGGAAGUUACAAUUGCUCAUGUUUGGAUGGAUUCACUGCAACAAACUCAAAUCUCACCAUCAGCAUCAAUAACACAUGCAGAGAUGUGGAUGAAUGUGUUGAGAUAUCAGACGUCUGUGGUCCAAACUCAAUCUGCAACAACACUGUUGGGAGUUACAAUUGCUUUUGCAUGAGUGGAUAUAAUGUAACAGAUCCAAACCUCCCUAUAAACAGCAAUAACACAUGCAAAGAUAUAGAUGAAUGUCUGUUCAGUCCAUCUGUAUGUGGUCCUGAUUCCAACUGCACAAAUGAAAUAGGAAGUUACAAUUGCUCAUGUUUGGAUGGAUUCAUUGUAACAAACUCAAAUCUCACCAUCAGCAUCAAUAACACAUGUAGAGAUGUGGAUGAAUGUGUUGAGAGAUCAGACGUCUGUGGUCCAAACUCAAUCUGCAACAACACUGUUGGGAGUUACAAUUGCUCUUGCAUGAGUGGAUAUAAUGUAACAGAUCCAAACCUCCCUAUAAACAGCAGUAACACAUGCAGAGAUAUAGAUGAAUGUCUGAUCAGUCCAUCUGUAUGUGGUCCAAAUUCCAACUGCACAAAUGAAAUAGGAAGUUACAAUUGCUCAUGUUUGGAUGGAUUCACUGUAACAAACUCAAAUCUCACCAUCAGCAUCAAUAACACAUGUAGAGAUGUGGAUGAAUGUGUUGAGAUAUCAGACGUCUGUGGUCCAAACUCAAUCUGCAACAACACUUUUGGGAGUUACAAUUGCUCUUGCAUGAGUGGAUAUAAUGUAACAGAUCCAAACCUCCCUAUAAACAGCAAUAACACAUGCAGAGAUAUAAAUGAAUGUGUGUUCAGUCCAUCUGUAUGUGGUCCUGAUUCCAACUGCACAAAUGAAAUAGGAAGUUAUAAUUGCUCAUGUUUGGAUGGAUUCACUGCAACAAACUCAAAUCUCAGCAUCAGCAUCAGUAACACAUGUAGAGAUGUGAAUGAAUGCUUUGAGAGAUCAGACGUCUGUGGUCCAAACUCAAUCUGCAACAACACUGUUGGGAGUUACAAUUGCUCUUGCAUGAGUGGAUAUAAUGUAACAGAUCCAAACCUCCCUAUAAACAGCAGUAACCCAUGCAAAGAUAUAGAUGAAUGUCUGAUCAGUCCAUCUGUAUGUGGUCCAAAUUCCAACUGCACAAAUGAAAUAGGAAGUUACAAUUGCUCAUGUUUGGAUGGAUUCACUGCAACAACCUCAAAUCUCACCGUCAGCAUCAAUAACACAUGUAGAGAUGUGAAUGAAUGUGUUAAGAGAUCAGACAUCUGUGGUCCAAACUCAAUCUGCAACAACACUGUUGGGAGUCACAAUUGCUCUUGCAUGAGUGGAUAUAAUGUAACAGAUCCAAACCUCCCUAUAAACAGCAAUAACCCAUGCAAAGAUAUAGAUGAAUGUCUGAUCAGUCCAUCUGUAUGUGGGUCAAAUUCCAACUGCACAAAUCAAAUAGGAAGUUACAAUUGCUCAUGUUUGGAUGGAUUCACUGCAACAAACUCAAAUCUCACCAUCAGCAUCAAUAACACAUGUAGAGAUGUGAAUGAAUGUGUUGAGAUAUCAGACGUCUGUGGUCCAAAGUCAAUCUGCAAAAACACUGUUGGGAGUUACCAUUGCUCUUGCAUGAGUGGAUAUAAUAUAACAGAUCCAAACCUCCCUAUAAACAGCAGUAACACAUGCAAAGAUAUAGAUGAAUGUCUGAUCAGUCCAUCUGUAUGUGGUCCAAAUUCCAACUGCACAAAUGAAAUAGGAAGUUACAAUUGCUCAUGUUUGGAUGGAUUCAUUGUAACAAACUCCAGUCUCACCAUCAGCAUCAAUAACACAUGUAGAGAUGUGGAUGAAUGUGUUGAGAGAUCAGACGUCUGUGGUCCAAACUCAAUCUGCAACAACACUGUUGGGAGUUACAAUUGCUCUUGCAUGAGUGGAUAUAAUGUAACAGACUCAAAUCUCCCUAUAAACAGCAGUAACCCAUGCAAAGAUAUUUAUGAAUGUUUUGACUCGGUAUCAGUAUGUGGGCCAAACUCUCACUGUUACAAUUACAAUGGAAGCUUCUCCUGCUCUUGUUGGGAAGGAUAUAACGUCUCAGAUGGAAAUAAGGAGAUUGCCAAAAGUAACCCAUGCAUCGAUAUAAAUGAAUGUCUGCUCAGUCCAUUUAUAUGUGGCCCUGAUUCCAACUGCACAAAUGAAAUAGGAAGUUACAAUUGCUCAUGUUUGGAUGGAUUCACUGUAACAAACUCCAGUCUCACCAUCAGCAUCAAUAACACAUGUAGAGAUGUGGAUGAAUGUGUUGAGAUAUCAGACGUCUGUGGUCCAAACUCAAUCUGCAACAACACUGUUGGGAGUUACAAUUGCUCUUGCAUGAGUGGAUAUAAUGUAACAGAUCCAAACCUCCCUAUAAACAACAUUAACCCAUGCAAAGAUAUUUAUGAAUGUCUUGACCCUCCAUCAGUAUGUGGGCCGAACUCUUACUGUUACAAUUACAAUGGAAGCUUCUCAUGCUUUUGUUGGAAUGGAUAUAAUGUCACAGAUGGUAAUCAAGCUAUUAAUAAAAACAACCCAUGCAUCGACAUAGAUGAAUGUCUGAUCAGUCCAUCUGUAUGUGGUCCAAAUUCCAACUGCACAAAUGAAAUAGGAAGUUACAAUUGCUCAUGUUUGAAUGGAUUCACUGCAACAAACUCAAAUCUCAGCAUCAGCAUCAAUAACACAUGUAGAGAUGUGGAUGAAUGUGUUGAGAUAUCAGACGUCUGUGGUCCAAACUCAAUCUGCAACAACACUGUUGGGAGUCACAAUUGCUCUUGCAUGAGUGGAUAUAAUGUAACAGACUCAAACCUCCCUAUAAACAGCAGUAACCCAUGCAGAGAUAUAGAUGAAUGUCUGAUCAGUCCAUCUGUAUGUGGUCCAAAUUCCAACUGCUCAAAUGAAAUAGGAAGUUACAAUUGCUCAUGUUUGGAUGGAUUCACUGCAACAAACUCAAAUCUCACCGUCAGCAUCAAUAACACAUGUAGAGAUGUGAAUGAAUGUGUUGAGAUAUCAGACGUCUGUGGCCCAAACUCAAUCUGCAACAACACUGUUGGGAGUCACAAUUGCUCUUGCAUGAGUGGAUAUAAUGUAACAGACUCAAACCUCCCUAUAAACAGCAAUAACACAUGCAAAGAUAUAGAUGAAUGUCUGAUCAGUCCAUCUGUAUGUGGUCCAAAUUCCAACUGCACAAAUCAAAUAGGAAGUUACAAUUGCUCAUGUUUGGAUGGAUUCACUGCAACAAACUCAAAUCUCACCAUCAGCAUCAAUAACACAUGUAGAGAUGUGGAUGAAUGUGUUGAGAGAUCAGACGUCUGUGGUCCAAACUCAAUCUGCAACAACACUGUUGGGAGUCACAAUUGCUCUUGCAUGAGUGGAUAUAAUGUAACAGAUCCAAACCUCCCUAUAAACAGCAGUAACACAUGCAAAGAUAUAAAUGAAUGUCAGUUCAGUCCAUGUGGUCCAAAUUCCAACUGCACAAAUGAAAUAGGAAGUUACAAUUGCUCAUGUUUGGAUGGAUUCACUGCAACAAACUCAAAUCUCACCGUCAGCAUCAAUAACACAUGUAGAGAUGUGGAUGAAUGUGUUGAGAUAUCAGACGUCUGUGGUCCAAACUCAAUCUGCAACAACACUGUUGGGAGUCACAAUUGCUCUUGCAUGAGUGGAUAUAAUGUAACAGACUCAAACCUCCCUAUAAACAGCAGUAACCCAUGCAAAGAUAUAAAUGAAUGUCUGAUCAGUCCAUCUGUAUGUGGUCCAAAUUCCAACUGCUCAAAUGAAAUCGGAAGUUACAAUUGCUCAUGUUUGGAUGGAUUCACUGCAACAAACUCAAAUCUCAGCGUCAGCAUCAAUAACACAUGUAGAGAUGUGGAUGAAUGUGUUGAGAUAUCAGACGUCUGUGGUCCAAACUCAAUCUGCAACAACACUUUUGGGAGUCACAAUUGCUCUUGCAUGAGUGGAUAUAAUGUAACAGACUCAAACCUCCCUAUAAACAGCAGUAACACAUGCAAAGAUAUAAAUGAAUGUCAGUUCAGUCCAUCUGUAUGUGGUCCAAAUUCCAACUGCACAAAUCAAAUAGGAAGUUACAAUUGCUCAUGUUUGGAUGGAUUCACUGCAACAAACUCAAAUCUCACCAUCAGCAUCAAUAACACAUGUAGAGAUGUGAAUGAAUGUGUUGAGAUAUCAGAUGUCUGUGGUCCAAACUCAAUCUGCAACAACACUGUUGGGAGACACAAUUGCUCUUGCAUGAGUGGAUAUAAUGUAACAGACUCAAACCUCCCUAUAAACAGCAGUAACACAUGCAAAGAUAUAAAUGAAUGUCAGUUCAGUCCAUCUGUAUGUGGUCCUGAUUCCAACUGCACAAAUGAAAUAGGAAGUUACAAUUGCUCAUGUUUGGAUGGAUUCACUGCAACAAACUCAAAUCUCACCAUCAGCAUCAAUAACACAUGUAGAGAUGUGAAUGAAUGUGUUGAGAUAUCAGAUGUCUGUGGUCCAAACUCAAUCUGCAACAACACUGUUGGGAGUCACAAUUGCUCUUGCAUGAGUGGAUAUAAUGUAACAGAUCCAAACCUCCCUAUAAACAGCAAUAACCCAUGCAGAGAUAUAGAUGAAUGUCUGUUCAGUCCAUCUGUAUGUGGUCCAAAUUCCAACUGCACAAAUGAAAUAGGAAGUUACAAUUGCUCAUGUUUGGAUGGAUUCAUUGUAACAAACUCCAGUCUCACCAUCAGCAUCAAUAACACAUGCAGAGAUGUGGAUGAAUGUGUUGAGAGAUCAGACGUCUGUGGUCCAAACUCAAUCUGCAACAACACUGUUGGGAGUUACAAUUGCUCUUGCAUGAGUGGAUAUAAUGUAACAGACUCAAAUCUCCCUAUAAACAGCAGUAACCCAUGCAAAGAUAUUUAUGAAUGUCUUGACUCAGUAUCAGUAUGUGGGCCAAACUCUCACUGUUACAAUUACAAUGGAAGCUUCUCGUGCUCUUGUUGGGAAGGAUAUAACGUCUCAGAUGGAAAUAAGAAGAUUGCCAAAAGUAACCCAUGCAUCGAUAUAAAUGAAUGUCUGCUCAGUCCAUCUAUAUGUGGCCCUGAUUCCAACUGCACAAAUGAAAUAGGAAGUUACAAUUGCUCAUGUUUGGAUGGAUUCACUGUAACAAACUCCAGUCUCACCAUCAGCAUCAAUAACACAUGUAGAGAUGUGGAUGAAUGCUUUGAGAUAUCAGACGUCUGUGGUCCAAACUCAAUCUGCCACAACGCUGUUGGGAGUUACAAUUGCUCUUGCAUGAGUGGAUAUAAUGUAACAGAUCCAAACCUCCCUAUAAACAGCAAUAACCCAUGCAGAGAUAUUUAUGAAUGUCUUGACCCUCCAUCAGUAUGUGGGCCGAACUCUUACUGUUACAAUUACAAUGGAAGCUUCUCAUGCUUUUGUUGGAAUGGAUAUAAUGUCACACAUGGUAAUCAAGCUAUUAAUAAAAACAACCCAUGCAUCGAUAUAGAUGAAUGUCUGAUCAGUCCAUCUGUAUGUGGUCCAAAUUCCAACUGCACAAAUGAAAUAGGAAGUUAUAAUUGCUCAUGUUUGGAUGGAUUCACUGCAACAAACUCAAAUCUCACCAUCAGCAUCAAUAACACAUGUAGAGAUGUGGAUGAAUGUGUUGAGAUAUCAGACGUCUGUGGUCCAAACUCAAUCUGCAACAACACUGUUGGGAGUCACAAUUGCUCUUGCAUGAGUGGAUAUAAUGUAACAGAUCCAAACCUCCCUAUAAACAGCAAUAACCCAUGCAAAGAUAUAAAUGAAUGUCAGUUCAGUCCAUGUGGUCCAAAUUCCAACUGCAAAAAUCAAAUAGGAAGUUACAGUUGCUCAUGUUCGGAUGGAUUCACUGCAACAAACUCAAAUCUCAAUAACAUAUGUAGAGAUGUGGAUGAAUGUGUUGAGAUAUCAGACGUCUGUGGUACAAACUCAAUCUGCAACAACACUGUUGGGAGUUACAAUUGCUUUUGCAAGAGUGGAUAUGUUGUAACAGAUCCAAACCUCCCUAUAAACAGCAGUAACACAUGCAGAGAUAUAGAUGAAUGUCUGGUCAGUCCAUCUGUAUGUGGUCCAAAUUCCAACUGCACAAAUGAAAUAGGAAGUUACAGUUGCUCAUGUUUGAAUGGAUUCACUGUAACAAACUCAUAUCUCACCAUCAGCAUCAGUAACACAUGUAGAGAUGUGGAUGAAUGUGUUGAGAUAUCAGACGUCUGUGGUCCAAACUCAAUCUGCAACAACACUGUUGGGAGUCACAAUUGCUCUUGCAUGAGUGGAUAUGAUGUAACAGACUCAAACCUCCCUAUAAACAGCAGUAACCCAUGCAAAGAUAUAAAUGAAUGUCAGUUCAGUCCAUCUGUAUGUGGUCCAAAUUCCAACUGCAAAAAUCAAAUAGGAAGUUACAGUUGCUCAUGUUUGGAUGGAUUCACUGCAACAAACUCAAAUCUCAAUAACAUAUGUAGAGAUGUGGAUGAAUGUGUUGAGAUAUCAGACGUCUGUGGUCCAAACUCAAUCUGCGACAACACUGUUGGGAGUCACAAUUGCUCUUGCAAGAGUGGAUAUGUUGUAACAGAUCCAAACCUCCCUAUAAACAGCAGUAACCCAUGCAAAGAUAUAGAUGAAUGUCUGAUCAGUCCAUCUGUAUGUGGUCCAAAUUCCAACUGCACAAAUGAAAUAGGAAGUUACAGUUGCUCAUGUUUGAAUGGAUUCACUGCAACAAACUCAGAUCUCAUCAUCAGCAUCAGUAACCCAUGUAGAGAUGUGGAUGAAUGUGUUGAGAUAUCAGACGUCUGUGGUCCAAACUCAAUCUGCAACAACACUGUUGGGAGUCACAAUUGCUCUUGCAUGAGUGGAUAUGAUGUAACAGACUCAAACCUCCCUAUAAACAGCAGUAACCCAUGCAAAGAUAUAAAUGAAUGUCAGUUCAGUCCAUCUGUAUGUGGUCCAAAUUCCAACUGCAAAAAUCAAAUAGGAAGUUACAGUUGCUCAUGUUUGGAUGGAUUCACUGCAACAAACUCAAAUCUCAAUAACAUAUGUAGAGAUGUGGAUGAAUGUGUUGAGAUAUCAGACAUCUGUGGUCCAAACUCAAUCUGCAACAACACUGUUGGGAGUCACAAUUGCUCUUGCAAGAGUGGAUAUGUUGUAACAGAUCCAAACCUCCCUAUAAACAGCAGUAACCCAUGCAAAGAUAUAGAUGAAUGUCUGAUCAGUCCAUCUGUAUGUGGUCCAAAUUCCAACUGCACAAAUGAAAUAGGAAGUUACAGUUGCUCAUGUUUGAAUGGAUUCACUGCAACAAACUCAGAUCUCAUCAUCAGCAUCAGUAACCCAUGUAGAGUGACGACAGCACCAGAAGUCUUGUUCACAGUUAAAAUGUCGAUGAAAAUAGAAGAAGAUUUUGAUACCAGUCUGAACGACCCCACUAAUGAGAAGUACCAACGCUAUGCUCAACAAUUUCAGUCAGCGAUUGAAGACAGUUACAAAACUGUGCCUAACUUCAAAAAAGGUUCAGUAAAAAUCACUGGCUUCAGGCCUGGUAGCAUUAUAGCAGACUAUGAAAUUAAGACAACAAGUGACAGCCCCAACAACCCUGAAUUUGUAGCGGCAAACAAUAAGGUUGCCAACACUCUCACGUCCAUAGGAUUUACUGUAUCUGGGAAUGCUUUUGCUGAAAGUGAAAACGUGACUCUUUCCACUGCAACAAAAUGGUAUCCUCUACAAGAUAUGACACUCAAAUGUAAAAUCCCAGAUUCUGUUGUUGGUGAAAUGAGUUGGACAGUGAAUGACCAAGUUAUAGUACAGAACGGAAAAUACUCCUUUUCAGAAGGUGUUACAAUUCUCACUGUGAAAAGCGUUACUGAGAUAGACAAAGGUAGAUACGCAUGUAAAAAAGCAAGGGCCAUACCUUACAUUCAAUGGCAAGAUAUAGAUAUUGAACCACUUCCUAAUAUCAUAGUGGGUACAAAUGUAAGACAGUUUCAGUGUAUGGAUCAGACGGUGGAACUGACAUGCUGUGAAACAAAAUAUGAUAUUGAGUGGAGUCCUCCUGGUGAUGAACCGACACUUCCAGUCAAGGGAUGCAUCACACUAAAGCAUAACAUCAGGAGUGCAGAUUGUAGUAGUAAAACCUUUACAUGCCAACUCAAGAUCUCAGAACUGCAGCGCUUGUCUUAUGCCCAGAGGACAGUCAUUAUUAAUAAAGUCAAUCAAGCAUUGCCCUGUAAAAAUGACACGCUUGGAGAUGGGAAAGAAGGUGAAGUUUUGACAGGACCCUGUGAAAAAGGCAAGGAAGGCACCAUUACCUAUCAGUGUACAUUAGGUUCAUGGAGGGAAAUUAACAGGGACUGUAUACUUCAAGUUAUCAAAGACAUUGAAAAGCAAGUUGAGGUCUUGGCUCCACAGGACAUCCCAAAGGUUGUGGCUCAGCUCAGUACUGCUACAGUGCAGAAUAAUCAGGAGAUAACACAGUCUUCCGUGACUGUCCAAACAAUUGUUGACAUACUUGUAAAAAUCGCUGGUACAGCACAAAAAAUUAUCAUCGAUAAGCCUGUGAUGAAGUCUUUUCUUCAAACUGUGGAUAUCCUUGUUUCGGACUUAGCUAUUAACUCAUGGGACAACUUGAACAAUAACAGCAGGACAGAUAACACCAGCACUGCACUUCUGACCGCUAUUGAGAGUAUAAGUGACCGUCUCACAGAUGGCAAUUUUACAAUUAAUGAAAAAUCUAUUGAGUUGAAUAGAACUGUAGCAGACAGAUAUAGUGGAAUAUCAAACCUGACAAACUCAUCCACUGAGAUCCUGAUACCACAGAUUUCUCAACCCACACCCAUAACCAUCAUAGUCUUCACAACUCUUGACAAUGUUCUACCUACUCGUAAUACUAGUAAUAAAAAUGACACUAAUAAUUCAGUUGUACGCAUCAAUGGAGAUGUGGUUGUUGUUAAGGUGAACCAAACAAUUAACAACAUUUCUUUUGCGUUUGACAUUUCUGAUCAGUCUUUGGGAAAUCCUCAGUGUGUCUUUUGGAACUUCAAACUUGACGCAUGGGAUUCCACUGGAUGUGAAGUAAAACCCUAUAUCAGUAAAGGGAACGAAACUGGCAAGAUUACAUGUGAAUGCAACCACACAACCUCUUUUUCAAUCCUAAUGUCACCAUUUUCCCUUGAUCACAAAGCCUUGGCCUAUAUAACUUACAUUGGUGUAGCUAUUUCAAUGGCCAGCUUGAUUUUGUGCCUCAUUAUUGAGAUUAUCGUGUGGAAGUCCAUGACAAGAAAUGACACAUCCUACAUGCGACACGUGUCCAUAGUCAACAUUGCCGUGUCCCUGCUGAUCGCAAACAUCUGUUUCAUCAUUGGAGCCGCAAUUGCAGAACCAGAGCAGCCAACCUCAGUGGGUCGCUGCAGUCCAGUGGUUUUCUUCAUGCACUUUUUUUACCUGGCUCUUUUCUUCUGGAUGUUAAUUUCAGCGCUGUUGCUCUUUUACCGUACAGUCAUGGUCUUGUCCCAAAUGUCAAGGGCCAAAAUGAUGGCCAUUGCCUUCAUAGUCGGUUAUGGUGCACCUUUGCUCAUAGCGGUCAUUACUGUUGCGUCGACAGCUGGACCAAAAAAUUAUGUCACGAAACAAGAUGCAUGCUGGCUGAACUGGUUGGAAUCUAAGGCCCUGCUGGCAUUUGUGAUUCCAGCUCUCACUAUUGUAGCCAUAAACCUUGUGGUUUUGAUUGUGGUUCUGUAUAAGAUGUUGAGGAGAGGAGUUGGUGCCGCAACUCAACCAGACGAGAAACAUGCCCUGGUGGUCAUUGCCCGAUGUGUGGCCAUAUUGACUCCUAUCUUUGGUCUAACAUGGGGAUUUGGAAUUGGAACCAUGGUGUCACGUGACUUAGGCAUUCAUGUGGUGUUUGCACUCCUUAAUUCACUGCAGGGAUUCUUUAUUUUGGUGUUUGGAACGCUUUUAGACAGCAAGAUCCGUGAGGCACUGGGAGGAAGGCUGUCACUAAGGAACCUUACCAGCUCUAACCGUACCAGGAGUACAAGUGCAGGACCAUCAUCUUCAAGUGGACUGGGUUUCUUUCAAAGGAUGCGUAGGAGAAAUGUGUACAACGUAUCUGAAGCCAGUGCUAUGUCAGCAGCAACAUCUUCAAAUAUGUCCAGUGGCUCUGAUACUUAUGUGAAUCCAUAAUCAGCUACUUCAUUAAGUAUUAGUCUACUUUACUAAAUAUUAAACAGCCUUUUUAAAAAUGAUGUAAACUGCACUAUUUGCUACUGAUUUCUGGUGUUUCUAUGUUCUGAAGUAUUAAUAAAAAUGGCUUACAAUCUACAGAUCUAAUGUCUAAUUAAGGAUACAUUUUAUUAUAAUGCUGUGAUUUGCAUGAUUGGAUGCACUUUCAUUUAUAACAGAAAAUGUAUAUCAAUAAUAUAGAUCUAAUAGCUUUAUUUGCGUUUUCUGGUGUAUUUUUGAUGUAUCAAUGUAUAAUUUGCCAUUUUAAAUCAUCAACUUUGUUGUCCAGUUGGUGUCAUACUGUCAAUACAUAUAUCAUGCUGUUCUACACUGUCUGGAUUAUUAAAAAUAAUAAUAAUAAUACAAUUUAUAUUGUUACAGCUACACCAGAAAUGAAAUGCCUCUUUAUUUUACAUUUAUUUUGUAGUUGCUAAUCAUGGCAUUGUUGUCUUGUAUUUUAUAAAUUUUCAUUGCAUUUGACAGUAAUGAUGAAAUAAAUAAAGUUUCCAAAUA